GUACACGCACACACACACACACACAGAGAAAUAUGGAGCAGAAGAAGAUCCUGUGUGUAGGUUUGGUGUGUUUGGACAUCAUUAACGUGGUGGAUACAUUUCCGGAAGAGGACACGGACACCAGAUGUGUGUCCCAGAGGUGGCAGCGAGGUGGGAACGCCUCAAACUCCUGCACGAUUCUGUCUCUGCUCAGUGCUCCCUGUGCCUUCAUGGGUUCUCUGGCUCCUGGACCAAUUGCAGAGGUCGUAACGCUGAUGAACAGGUGAAGAUGAUCGAGCAGGUGAAAAGCUACAAUGCCACACAUGAGGAGAAGAACAGGAUCACUAUCUCUGUGGAGAUUGAGAAAACCCGUCCCUCACUCUAUCAGCUUUUCUCCCAUGGAAACGUUGUACAGUUCAACUUUACUACUAUCAGACUUUUCUCCAGUCUGACUUUACUACCGUCCAACUUUACUCCAGUCUGACUUUAUUCCAGACUGACAUUACUACCGUCCAACUUUAUUCCAGUCUGACAUUACUACCAUCCAACUUUACUCCAGUCUGACUUUACUCCAGUCUGACAUUACAACCGUCCAACUUUACUCUAGUCUGACUUUACUAUUGUCCAACUUUACUCCAGUCUUACUUUACUACCGUCCAACUUUACUCCAGUCUGACUUUACUCCAGUCUGACUUUACUCCAGUCUGACAUUACAACCGUCCAACUUUACUCCAGUCUGACUUUACUACCGUCCAACUUUACUCCAGUCUUACUUUACUACCGUCCAACUUUACUCCAGUCUGACUUUACUACCGUCCAACUUUACUCCAGUCUGACUUUACUACCGUCAAACUUUAUUCCAGUCUGACUUUAUUCCAGUAUAACUUUACAACCGUCCAACUUUAUUCCAGUCUGACUUUAUUCCAGUCUGACUUUACUACCGUCCAACUUUACUCCAGUUUGACUUUAUUCCAGUCUGACAUUACAACCGUCCAACUUUAUUCCAGUCUGACUUUACAACCGUCCAACCUUACUCCAGUCUGACUUUACUAUCGUCCAACUUUACUCCAGUCUGACUUUACUACCGUCCAACUUUACUCCAGUCUGACUUUACUCCAGUCUGACAUUACAACCGUCCAACUUUACUUCAGUCUGACUUUACUACCGUCCAACUUUACUCCAGUCUUACUUUACUACCGUCCAACUUUACUCCAGUCUGACUUUACUACCGUCCAACUUUACUCCAGUCUGACUUUACUACUGUCAAACUUUAUUCCAGUCUGACUUUAUUCCAGUCUAACUUUACUACCAUCCAACUUUAUUCCAGUCUUACUUUACUGCCGUCCAACUUUACUCCAGUCUGACUUUACUACCAUCCAACUUUACUCCAGUCUGACUUUUCUACCAUCCAACUUUACUCCAGUCUGACUUUAUUUCAGUCUGACUUUACUACCAUCCAACAUUACUCCAGUAUGACUUUACAACCGUCCAAUUUUACUCCAGUGUGACUUUACUACCAUCCAACUUUACUCCAGUCUGAAUUUAUUCCAGUGUGACUUUAUUCCAGUCUGACUUUACUACCGUCCAACUUUACUCCAGUCUGACUUUAUUCCAGUCUGACUUUAUUCCAGUCUGACUUUAUUCCAGUCUGACUUUACUACCGUCCGACUUUACUCCAGUCUGACUUUACUACUGUCCAACUUUACUCCAGUCUGACUUUAUUCCAGUGUGACUUUACUACCGUCCAACUUUACUUCAGUCCGACUUUAUUCCAAUCUGACUUUACUCUGGUCUGACUUUACUACCGUCCAACUUUACUCCAGUCUGACUUUACUGCCCUCAAACUUUAUUCCAGUCUGACUUUAUUCCAGUAUAACUUUACAACCGUCCAACUUUACUCCAGUCUGACUUUACUACCAUCCAACUUUACUAUCGUCCAAUUUUACUCCAGUUUGACUUUAUUCCAGUCUGACAUUACAACCGUCCAACUUUACUCCAGUCUGACUUUACUACCAUCCAUCUUUACUCCAGUCUGACUUUAUUCCAGUCUGAUUUUACUACCAUCCAACUUUACUGCUGUCUGACUUUACUACCGUCCAACUUUACUCCAGUCUGAUUUUACUACCAUCAAACUUUAUUACAGUCUGACUUUAUUCCAGUGUGACUUUACUACCAUCCAACUUUACUCCAGUGUGACUUUAUUCCAGUCUGACUUUACUACCAUCCAACUUUACUUCAGUCUGACUUUACUACCAUCCAACUUUACUCCAGUCUGACUUUACUACCGUCCAACUUUACUCCAGUCUGACUUUACUCUGGUCUGACUUUAUUCCAAUGUGACUUUACUACCGUCCAACUUUAGUUCAGUCUGACUUUACUACCAUCCAACUUUACUCCAGUGUGACUGUGGCAGCGGGGGUGUGGUCAAGCACCGGUCUGUGACAGGAGGGUGGAGUCAGGGAAGGUAAGUGGCAGAAUCACUACACCUGACUGCAAUUAACCUGUUUGUGUGUGUCUUCCCAGUGACCGCGCCCUACUUAAGGAGGGAGAGCGAGAGCAGAGGGAUCUCAUUCCCGAACCAGACGCCGGUCGUGUUGGUGCUGAAACCCGGGACGUGGAGCACCAGCCGAUCAGCCCCAUGGAGUCCUCCCCGUUCGCCGACCUGGUCCACGCCCUCGCCACGGCCCAGCAAAGCCAGCACCAGGCGCUCGUCACCCUCCAAAAGGAACAAGAGCGACGCUUCGAGGCCCUGGUGCUGGCCCAGCAAGAAGACCGAGAGGCGUUCCAGCACCUCCUCGCAUCGGCGGGGUCCACCAGCGCUCCUACCGCGGGCCCGUCACCCCUCACUGUCACCAAGAUGGGCCCGCAGGACGACCCCGAGGUGUUCAUCACGCUCUUCGAGCAAGUCGCAGAAGCCUCGGGGUGGCCGAUGGAGCAGCGCGCGGUGCGCCUCCUCCCCCUGCUAACGGGAGAGGCACAGCUGGCCGCGCUAUAGCUCCCCGCCGACCGCCGGCUGGCCUACGCAGACCUCCGCCGGGCCAUCCUCCAGCGCGUGGGGCGCACCCCAGAACAGCAGCGCCAGCGCUUCCGCGCGUUGCGCUUGGAGGAAGUCGGCCGGCCGUUCGCAUUUGGCCAGCAGCUCCGGGACGCCUGCUGGCGGUGGUUGAGGGCUGACAACCACAACGCCGAGGGGAUCAUCGACCAGGUGGUGCUGGAACAAUUCAUCGCUCGCUUGCCAGCAGGAACUGUGGAGUGGGUCCAGUGCCACCGCCCGGCAUCGCUGGAUCAGGCAGUCGAGCUGGCAGAGGACUAUUUGGUGGGUGUUCCGGCGGCAGGACAGCAGACGGCAUCUUCUCUUCUCUCCUCCUCUCUCUCUCCCCCUCCUCCUGUGUCCUGUCCUCGCCCCAUUUCCCCACCGCAGAGGCGGGGGCUGGCACCACCCCAGCCGGCCCACCGCACCCGCGGUGCCCUCCCGUUUCUCCCUUCUGUGUCUGUCUCUCCCCCCCCCAGGUGAGUGAGCCCCAGAACACCGGUGCAGAGGGAAAGCCCGGGCCGGUUUGCUGGCGCUGCAGGGAGCCGGGCCACCUUCAACAGCAGUGCACGGCGAUGGAAGUGGGCGCGGUGGUUCGGAUCCCCGACGCGCCAGAGGCCGCCCUUGAUCAGGCUGGAGCGUAUCGCAUACCGACCGAUGCAUCGGACAGAGGGCUGGGGGCAGUUUUGUCCCAGGAGGUGGAGGGGGAGGACUGCCCCGUCCUCUACAUCAGUAGGAAGCUGUCAGUGCAUGAGGGGUGCUACAGCACCAUUGAAAAGGAGUGUCUGGCGAUCAAGUGGGCGGUCCUCACCCUCUGUUACUACCUGCUGGGGCGCCCUUUCACCCUCUGUUCGGACCACACGCCCCUCCAGUGGCUCCACCGCAUGAAAGAUGCCAACGCGCGGAUCACCCACUUUUGAAGCAGCAGCUACCUUGCAGAGGGACGAUGUGGAGAAACGGUUACAGACUUCAGUGCAUUUCCAUGAUUACUUUCAGCGUCCGGAAGAGGAAACCAACAGCACUGGCAUCGGUGUCGUAUCAGAGACCAAUCAAGAGAUGCAGAUAAAUUUCUCUUGUGCAGAGCACACAGAUGUUCGCUGUCCCAGUGAAGCUGGAAAGCAGGAUACAGGGAAGAAAAGUAAUCACCCCCUGUCACCUGAUUAUGUGCCGAGCAUUUUCACACACAAAAAGUCGUCUGCAAAACAAAAAAACACAAAAGCAUUGCAGAAGUCUGAAAAGCGACAAAACCUGAAGAAAAGGAAACGUGGAAGUAGAAAACAAGUUACAGCAGAAUGUGCAGUGCUUGGCCUUCGAGACACUGACGUAACCACUCCUUCUGAAUGCUCCACGGAUUCCACUGAAUUAUCUCCUGAAGUUGCAGAUCUCAAAGAUGAAGGAAGUGCAGAAGCUUUAGAUGAAAAUGAAGCAUUGCCUUUUGAGCUUGAAUGCAGAAUCCUGAGGAAGGAAAAUCGUACUUUGAAGGAACAACUGAAAAAAUACUCUCUCUGUCCGGAGUCUUUUUCAGAGGACAAUGACAAAGUGGAACAAUUUACAGGUCUUCCAACAUAUGGGAUUAUGAUGGCGACGUUCCAGUUUAUACGGCCUUAUUUAAAUUUAAACAGGAAGUUUUCACCUUUCCGGCAGUUCCUGCUGACAUGUAUGCAUCUUCGACUGAACUUAAACUUACAGUUUUUAGCCUACUUAUUUUCCAUUUCUUUGGAAACUGCAUCCAGAGUAUUUAGUAACACGUGUGAUGUUAUGUUCUGUCGCCUCGUUCCGGUGCUGGUGAUCUGGCCAGAUAGGGAACAUUUACGGCAAAGUCUGCCAGUUUCAUUUCAACAAAACUUUGAGAAAUGUUGCUGUAUAAUUGACUGUUUUGAAAUAUUUCAGGAAAAACCGAGUGAUGUGGAAACACCGAGAAAAACCUGUUCGCAGAAUAAAAGCCACAACUCUUCAAAAUAUCUGAUAGGUAUUGCCCCACAAGGCGCGGUUUGUUUCGUUUCUCAGGGGUGGGAUGGUCACUGCAGCGACAAACACAUAACGGAACAUUGCGGAUUUCUGGAUGAACUUUUGCCAGGGGAUCUGAUCCUAGCAGACAGAGGGUUUGAUGGAGGUGACGCUGUUGGAUUGCCUUCUGCAAAUGUAAACAUUUCUGCGUUUACUCGGGGAACGUCCCAAAUGAGCGCGUUGGAUGUGGAGGGCACAAGGGCGCUCGCGUCAGCCAGAAUCCAUGUUGAGAGGGUUAUUGGAAUGGUUCGUCAGAAAUACACAAUACUGAGCAAUACUGUGCCCAUAUCUCUUGUACAUUCAAAAGAUAAUGGAAUAACAUCUUUGGACAAAAUAGUACAUGUCUGCUGUGCAUUGACGAACCUGUCUGACCCCAUGAUUCUUUUUGAGUGAAAAAAAUAAGGACAAAAUUCAAGUUUAUUUGAAACCCUCAUUUUAUGGAUUACAUGAUGUCUGAACAGCUACUUUUUUUUUUUUUUUAGUUUGUGUAAUACUUAUGACAAAGACAGCUUAAAAUUCUUUUAACAAUUUUAGAUGUGUGAUAUUUUUUAUCAUAAUUUCAAUCACAGUUAAUGUACAUAUUUGAGAAGGAUUUGAUGGAAAUUUUUACCAUACUGCAAAUGACACAAUUCAGUGUAAUGUAUUGUAAAUAUUAUACAGUGAUAAAAGUUUAUAAACAUUGCUGUAUGCUUUAUAGUUUGAAUUAUAAUUUUGACGUGGAAUUCUUUGCAAAAACUGCCAAAUUAUUGAAUUGCUGCAGAUUUGAACAUAAUUGUAACAGGUGUAAAUAACUUGUAUGGUCGUCAAUGGUAAAAUGUUUGUAAAUUAAAACAUUUCAGUGUUUCCCACAGACCAGGUAGCAAUUUGUGAUGCUCCACUGUGCCGAUGACGGAAUCGUGUGCGGUGGUGUCUUGGCAGUCGGUGGAGUCGGUCAUUGGGGUGUAUGCAAAGUGUUUACAGCGGGCGGUGUUCAAACACACAGUAUUUUUCUUCAGAGUCACCUGCUGGGACUAUUUUAAAGCUACAAGAAGCAUUUGAGAUUAUUCAGUUCAAUCUAAAUUCUUUUAAGUUCUUUAAGAGAAGACAGCUAAAACAAUUUUUACCAGAACCCUGCCUGGUUUCAUUCCUCGACCCAACUUUACAUUACAGGGCAGGCCAUUAGUUUGCUGUGCUUGAUGUUGGUGGAAAACCUGUCUUUUAAAUUUAUGAAAAUUACUCACCAAAAUUGAAGUUAAAGUUUAGUUUUUACUAGAGAUGCACCGAUUGCAAUUUUUUGGUCCGAUUCCGAUUUUCCAUGGAGUGUGACCUGCCGAUACCGAUUUUGGCCGAUUCCGAUUUCAUUUUUUCAAAUCACUUCACAGCACACACAAAGACUAUUU